CAGGAUAGUGAUUCCGGCGGAGACAUGUAGUCCCGUGUACGAGAAGACCUGGAUCAUUUGUAGCUUUCAGCUCUCGUGUUUUUUUUUUUUGUUAGCGGCAUCAUCUCACGAUAUCGACAUAAUGUGGCUUUCUCUACCGGAGGGAAAAUAAACAAGUAUGUGGAUACCUACAGAAGAGGAGAAAAUCGGAGUUGUGAUCUGCAACUUCCGGUCACCAAUAUGUCAGGCCCUGGUCCUGGAGAUUGGGGAGACUGUACAGAUUCUGGAGAAGAGUGAAGGUUGGUACAGAGGCUUUUCCACCAAGAAGCCUUCUAUCAAGGGCAUUUUCCCAGUCAGCUAUGUCCACUUGAAGAAAUCCACAGUGACCAACAGAGGGCUGUGUGAGACGGUGGUGCCCCUCGAGGACCCGAUCAUCACAGAGACCACCUCCACACUGCAGGAAUGGGGCGUCUUGUGGAAACAGCUCUAUGUGAAACACAAGGUGGAUCUGUUCCAUAAGCUUCGUCAUGUGAUGAAUGAGCUGAUCGACCUGCGUCGGCAGCUGAUCCAGGGUCACCUCGCCCAGGACCAGACUCGAGAGAUCAAGCGCCACAUCACCGUACGGCUCGACUGGGGCAAUGAGCACCUUGGUCUUGACCUUAUUCCCAGGAAAGAGUUUGAAAUGGUGGAUCCAGAUCAGAUCAGCAUAUCAGAGCUCUACAAACUGCAUGUAUCCAGCAGACACUGUGGUCAGCAAAGCACAAACCAGGGUGACAGCUUGAGACAGCGCCAUGGUGACGGUUGCCGUGUCCCUGUGUCGCACCACCUCUUCAUCAAUCUGAAGAGCUUCACCUACAACAGCAUCAGCGAGGAUGCAGACGUCUUCUUCUCUCUGUACGACACUCGCGAGGCCAAACAGAUCAGUGAGAAGUUCAUGGUGAAACUCAACAAAAAUGGAGGACCAAAGAACCCAGAGAAAGUUGAUCGUCUGUGUGCUCUCUUUACGGACCUGAGCAGCAAAGACCUGAAGAGAGACCUCUACAUUGUUGCACAUGUCAUUCGAACUGGUCGUAUGCUGCUGAAUGACUCAAAGAAGGGCCCGCCUCACGUGCAGUACAGGCGACCUUAUGGCUGCGCUGUUCUUGCCAUGAGUGAUGUUUUCCACACCAUCACGGACCUCAAAGAGGAGAAGGACUUUGUGCUCAAAGUUUAUACAUGUAACAACGAGAACGAGUGGUACCAGGUACACGACAACAUCAUCCGCAAGUCCAACACCAAGUACUCCGCUCCGAGCACCAACUACGGCCUGAUUAUUUCCCUGCAGCUGCUGCGGGGUGAGUUGGAGCAGAUCAGACGGGAGAACCAGGCUGUAUUCAACAGGGCCCUGGCACUCACACGCAAACUGGGUUUCCCAGAUGUCAUCCUGCCAGGUGACACACGCAAUGACCUGUACCUGACCCUGGAGCGAGGGGAGUUUGAGAGGGGCGGCAAGAGCGUCCAGAAGAACAUCGAAGUCACACUCUAUGUACUCUAUGCCGACGGGGACACACUUAAAGACUGCAUCAGUUUGGGCAGCGGUGAGCCCAACACAAGUGAAUAUCGCUCCUUUGUCCUCUACCACAACAACAGCCCUCGCUGGAGUGAGAUGGUCAAACUGCCCAUCCCAAUAGAUCGUUUCAGGGGGUCUCACCUACGUUUUGAGUUCAGACACUGCUCCACUAAAGACAAAGGAGAGAAAAAACUGUUUGGUUUUGCCUUCACUCCUCUGAUGAGGGAAGAUGGGACAACACUGUCAGAUGAGAGCCAUGAGCUUUAUGUUUACAAGUGUGAUGAAAAUGCCACCUUCAGUAACCAGGGCCUGUACCUGAGUCUGCCCUGCUGUAAAGAGGACUUCAACAGCUGUCCAAACCUGCCGGCCAACCUGCCCUUCCAGAGGAGCCCCAAAGAAACGUUCUGGGUCUCCACGAUACUCUGCUCCACCAAACUCACACAGAAUGUGGACCUUCUGGCUCUUCUGAACUGGAAGGCCCAUCCAGACAGGGUGUUGGAUAUCCUUGGUCGAUUACGUCAAAUUAGCGGAGAGGAGAUUGUCAAGUUCCUGCGAGAUGUCCUGGAUACGCUUUUCUGUCUUUUAGAUGACAACACAGAUAAAUACGGGCCGCUGGUUUUCCAGUCACUGGUGUUCAUCAUUAACCUGCUCAGGGACAGCCGUUUCUACCACUUCAGACCCGUCAUGGACUCUUACAUCCAAAACCACUUUGCUGGAGCUUUGGCUUACAAAGAGCUGAUUCGAUGUCUGAAGUGGUACAUGGACCGCUCGGCUGAGGUCGUACGACAAGACCACAUCCAGGAAGCCAUGAGGGCUCUAGAGUACCUGUUCAAGUUCAUCGUCCAAUCCCGUAUCCUGUACUCGAGAGCCACCUGCGGGAUGGAGGAGGAGCAGUUUCGGGCGAGCAUCCAGGAGCUCUUCCAGUCAAUCCGCUUCGUGCUGAGCCUGGACAGCCGCAGCUCAGAGAACCUGGUGUUCACACAGGCGGCCCUGUUGAACAGCUUCCCUGAUAUCUUUGAUGAGCUGCUGCAGAUGUUCACUGUUCAGGAGGUAGCCGAAUAUGUCAGGGGCACCCUAGGGAGCAUGCCUAGCACUGUGGACAUUGGCCAGUCUAUGGAUGUAGUCAAACUGCAGUCCAUUGCUCGAACAGUUGAGAGCCGCCUCUUCUUCUUCCCUGAGUCUCGUAGUAUUCUGCUGCCGGUGGUUCUGCAUCACAUCCACCUGCAUCUACGCCAGCAGAGGGAGCUGCUCAUCUGCUCUGGGAUUCUUAGCAGCAUCUUCUCCAUAAUUAAGACUAGCUCAAUGGAGUCUUCUGUUCAGGAGGAGGUGGAGAUGAUGGUGGAGAGCCUUCUGGAUGUGCUGCUGCAGACUCUGCUGUCCAUCAUGAGCAAGUCUCACUCUGUGGAGACGUCCAGAGGACAACGCUGUCCACAGUGCACUGCUGAGAUAACAGGGGAGUAUGUGUCCUGUCUUCUUUCUCUGCUGCGGCAGAUGACAGAGAUCCACUUUCACCAUCUACUGAACAACUUCCACAGCAAGGAGGAGCUGAAGGAGUUCCUGUUGAAGAUCUUCUGCGUGUUCCGCAAUCUAAUGAAACUGACUAUCUUUCCCCGGGACUGGAGUGUCAUGAGGCUUCUAACGAGUCAUAUCAUCGUAGUGACAACACAGUUCCUGUCUCCAGCGCUGCACAAGAACUUCUCAGAGGCCGACUUUGAUUUUAAGGUGUGGAACUCCUUUUUCAGCCUCACUGUUCUGUACAUCAACCAGCCCAGUCUGCAGCUGGAGGCGAUUGGCCCAACUAAGAAAAAGAAAGUCCUCGAUAAGUGUGGAGAUAUGAGAGUGAUGAUGGCUUAUGAGCUUUUCAGCAUGUGGCAAAAAUUAGGCGACAACAAGCCCCACUUUAUUCCGGGUAUGAUGGGUCCUUUCCUUGGCGUCACCCUGGUGCCUCAGACCGAGGUUCGAAAUAUAAUGAUCCCCAUUUUCCAUGACAUGAUGGAUUGGGAGCAGAGGAAAAACGGCAACUUCAAACAGGUGGAAGCAGAGCUGAUGGAUAAGCUUGACAGCAUGGUGUCGGAUGGGAAAGGCGAUGAUAAUCACAGAGAGCUCUUCAGCCUUUUGACUCAGCUGUUUGGUCCUUAUCCAAGCCUGCUUGAGAAGAUUGAGCAGGAGACCUGGAGAGAGACGGGGAUCUCUUUUGUCACCUCAGUCACAAGACUUGUAGAGCGAUUACUGGAUUACAGGGACUGCAUGAAAGGAGACGAGAUGGAGAACAAGAAAAUAAGUGGUUCGGUCAACCUUAUGAACUUCUACAAAUCAGAGGUCAACAAGGAGGACAUGUACAUCCGUUACAUUCACAAACUGUGUGACCUGCAUCUCCAAGCAGAGGACUUCACAGAGGCAGCGUUCACCCUGCUGCUGUACUGGGAGCUGCUGCAGUGGGAGGACCGGCCCCUCAGGGAUUUCCUCCACUACCCCUGUCAGAGCGAGUGGCAGCGCAAGGAGAACCUGAGUCGUAAAAUUCUCCACUACUUCAACAAGGGCAAGUGCUGGGAAUAUGGAAUCUCUCUCUGCCGGGAGUUGGCUUUCCAGUACGAGACUUUAUAUGAUUAUCAGAGCCUCAGCUGGAUACGGAAAAUGGAGGCAGCGUACUAUGACAACAUCAUUGAACAGCAGAGGAUUGAGCCAGAGUUUUUCCGAAUGGGCUUCUAUGGCAGGAAGUUUCCUUUCUUCCUCAGGAACAAAGAGUUUGUUUGUCGUGGUUAUGACUACGAACGUCUUGAGGACUUCCAGCAGAGAAUGCUGGGGGAAUUCCCACAAGCCAUCGCCAUGCAGCAUCCAAACCAACCUGACGACACCAUCCUGCAGAGUGACGCACAGUACUUGCAGAUCUAUGCUGUGACUCCGGUGUCAGACAUAUCUGAAGUGCCUCAGCUGGAGCGUGUGCCCGAGAGGAUCAAGAGCUUCUACCGCAUAAACAAUGUCACCCGCUUCCACUAUGACAGGCCUUUCCACAAGGGGCCCAAGGACCGGGAGAACGAGUUCAGGAGUCUUUGGAUUGAGAGAACAACCCUGAUCCUCUCCCGUCCUCUCCCUGGGAUCUCCCGCUGGGCUGAGGUGGAAAGAAGAGAAGUGGUGGAGGUGAGCCCUCUGGAGAAUGCCAUUUAUGUGGUGGAGAAUAAGACCCAGGAGCUGAGGACUCUGAUCAGCCAGUACCAACACAGACAGCAUCAUGGCAACAUCAACCCGCUCAGCAUGUGCCUAAAUGGUGUCAUAGAUGCUGCUGUGAACGGAGGCAUCGCAAGAUAUCAGGAGGCCUUCUUUGAUAAGGACUACAUCAGCAGUCAUCAAGAGGACACAGAGAGGAUCACACAUUUGAAGGAUUUGAUGCAGGAGCAGGUGCACAUUCUCGGAGUGGGGCUGGCUGUGCAUGAGAAGCUGGUGCAUCCAGAGAUGCGGCCCCUGCACAAGAAGCUUGUGGACCAGUUCCAUAUGAUGAGGACAGGAUUACAUCAUUAUAUGGUUGGCUCCCAGCAGGGAGUGCCUGGUGUCGAUCGAUUCGGCCAAGCUGGCUGCCAAGGGGUCAACUCUCCCAGAGGCAUCCUCUCCUCACACAGUCACAUGAGCCCUGAGAGCGUGCGCCUCAUGCACCGACACAGCCCUCUGAACCUUCAGGGUUCCAUCCGUCACUCGUCCUCCUCCCUGUCCUCUCACACAUCUAGCGAGGCCGGAAACCUUGUCAUAAUGACGGACGGUCUGAUGGGGGAGCACCCUGAGGAGGCGUUACACAUGCAGCCAAGCCCCUCCUCCUCCAGCCUGAGCUCAAUCCGCUCUAACUCUUCCCAGAUUAUUAACUCAGCUCCCUCGAGUGCCAGAGGCUCUCCUUCCUUGCCUGAUAAAGCCAAACACAACAGAGAAGUGAUGAUACUGUUGCCGUCUCACCGUGAGAGAGCCAACAACUCCAUGUACUACAAUAUGGCAGAGAACGGACAGAACAACCACAUGCAGCGUGCCUUACUCCAGCAAGUCAGCCCCUGUAAGCCGUGUGUGGACCCUCACAUGAACCUACCAGAGAAAGUCUUUCCCAACACUCCCAGCAGCUGGAGUCUGGAUGGAGAGAACAGGGAGCAUGUGUCCUACAUGCAAGCUUCUACAGGAGGGGGGAUAAUGCCCCCAGUCCCACCCAGGUCCUUCCCACCAGGACACUUCCUGAUGCACUGUGAUGCAUAUCACCACCAGAACAAUGACCCUCCUCCUGCUCUGCCUGUCCGGUCACUUCGAAAGUCUCCUCUCCACCCGAUCCCCGGCUCCCCCACCAGUCCUCAGUCAGCUCUGGGUGGCAGUAACUCUACCCUGUCAGGCAGCGCCAGCAGCGGCGUUUCCUCUCUGAGUGAGAGUAACUUCGGUGGACAGUACCCAGACCCCGGCCCCAUCAGGAACGACGCCUUGGAGCCUCUUCCCAGUCACCUGUGGUCCCCGCCUGACGAGUACCUGUCCUCCCCCUACCUGCACAUCCACUAUGGCGGCUCGGAGAUCGACUCUAUGGAUCCCGUCCGCCCGUUCCAUUACCGCAGCCCCUCCUCGCAUCCUCACCCCCACAACCACCCUCAUCCUCAUGCUCACGCCCACCCUGGGAUGGACGUGCACUCCCACGGGCCGCCGCCUCACCACCACCCUCCUACCCACGGGCCCCACCACAUCCCGUACCGCCGGCCUCAGCCUCCAGCCGUGCCGCCAAAGCCCUACCUGCGAGAGGGCUGCAUCCCCGAGGAGGACCUGCCUCCUCAACCUAUCCCGCUGCCCCGCAGGAUCUUCCACUCCCCUCACGGCCACAGGGAGGAUCAGGGGAAGCACCCAUGGGAGCAGUGCAUCAGUGAGGAGCACGAGGAGACGCAGUGAUGGGGAGGCUGCAGCCACGUUUCACUGAGAGCUUUCUCUUGACUUCUUGCCUUCACUUGCUCUGAGUUGCAAGGGCAGCCACAGGAAGACUGUUGUGUGUGUCAGGUUGACUCUUCUGGGUGCACAUGAAGGCAAGAAAGAAAGAAAGGAAUCUCGACAAAUCUGCAGAAAGUACAGGCACAACUGCCCUCACUGCUCCGUGUGGCCUCUUACAAAUGUUUAAGAGAAAAGAGUCUGUUGGACAUUUACACAGACUAACUUUGUUCAGAAUUGAUAUUGAUUGUACACACUUGUACAACUUGUCUGUGAGCAUGUUUUUUCAUCUGAGAAUAAUACGACAACAGUUUUGUGAAAUACGACAAAGAUCACACGAUCCAGGUGCAGUAUAAGCUCAGAACUCCCUUCAUUCUUUUUGCUUUUCAUGUCACCUUCACAACAAUGGGGCAACACCAGAAGGAUAUUACUCACGGUGAAGUGGCUUGUCUUGCUUUCAACGCUUCAUAUACAACAUAUACGAAUUCUUAUUUUAUUUUGAUAAAUAAAUGCAAAAUACAUUAUAGUGUUUUCAAAAGGCUUUUGUCCGUUAUGUUUUUUCGAAACACUGUUAAGUGCUCCUUAAUAGUGAAUCAUAUCAAAUGGCACACUGUAAAAUGUGUUGCUGUCAGGCUGUCAUUAAUCGCAGGUCUCUGGGUUGUCCCUGUUGACCGGCAUCUCAAGGGACAUGAAACUCUGUCACUGACGAUUUUCCCUCCCGUACCCAUGCGUACGGAAAACCUACGUGAAUGUAUUCAGAUGAGAUGUUCUAUUUGUGUUGCACAAGCUGCAAUGCUGGUUUUUUGUUCAAGUGCUUUAAGUUCAGUCUAUGUUGCAGAAGUGUGUAUCUGUCUCUUUUGUGUGACAAAGAUAUCUCCAGGAGAAAGCGUGGACAAGACAGGAUGAAACAAGAACUCUCCACAUCCCACCACCUGCUGGACGCUUUUAGAUAACAUCGACACAGCUCCCUCUCUCUUCCUCCCCUCCUUCUUUUUCCUCCCUCCGCAUGGCUGUCAGACAAGAUGAAGCAGUGAGAACGCUGCACCUGGACAGCUGCAGUGGCAUUGCGUUGAGUUUGAAGUUGCUGUCUGCGCCCCAGCCCCUCCCAUCCCAAGAUGCCGAGUGAACCCCCUCUCAGACAUCAUUUGGAAUCACCUACCUGCCUUAAGUGCACUCAAAUGCAGUUUGACCUUUCAUCUGGACUGUGAGAAGCUCAUUUAGCGACAGCCGCCGUCCUUCAUUCUCACUAAAUGCUCCCUGAAGGAAAAAAUCAGAUAUCUACCUAUGGUGAUGUUGUGUAUGGUUUUGUCCCGCUUUGGUUUCAGAUUGUUGUUCGGUUCGUAGCGCUAAUAAUACUUCUUCUGCCUGCGGCUCUUUCUCAAUCACCUUCUGUUGUGUGAAAACUAAAGAUGUGUUUCAGAAGACUGAGAGAGAGGUUUUACUUUUUGUGGAGCAGAAGGAAAGCGCUGUUUAUUGUGAUGAAGUGGAUUUGGAAGGAUAUAGCUAAUAUUUUAACAAUUACUUGUUUUCCUGGUUGGUGUUUUUUUUUUUUUUCUUUUCCGCAGGUGGAUGCUUUGUGUUUCUGUACAUCGAGUUGUCAGCUGACUAGACAACAUCUAUUUUUGUAUGUGAGAUCAUCAGUUGUGUGAACAUAUUUCAGAAACUGUACCGAGACAGGAGGCCCGGGUACUGCAUGAGCUGCUGUACUGAGUAUGGAGAUGGACCUGAGGUUAGAUAUUAAAUACAGUAUACGAGUAUCUCUUGUGAGCUUGGCGCUGUUGAGGAUAAAUGGUGACUGAAGAGAUACUCAAAAUAUAGGUACAAUAGAAUUUUUCAAUGUAAAUUCUGUUAUUGUACAUACAGCAGUAUUGUGAAAUAUUUUUGAGAAUUAUUGCAGAGGCCCAGAAAAGGUUUAUUGUUGUUUUGUGUAUAUACAUGUACUCCAGAGAUCAAUGUAAUUGAUAAAUAUCUAUAAUCAAUGUUUGAAAAAGGACAAAAUCCAUUAGACUGUGGCUGUCUCCACCGUUCUUGACUUUGAGUCCUCUCAUAUAAAUACUUUAUACACUUUUCAAUGUGCUUUCCUGUACAUAUGGUGUUAGCAUGAUCAAAAAGUGUUUGGUUGUAAAAGUGGUUUUCCUACUCCCAUAACUGCUGUGGUAUGGAAUUCAUUAACGAUGCCAAACAUUAAAGACAAUCUUUUAUCA